AUGGCUCAGAGGCACGCGCAGGCUUUCGCGUCCUACGCGACGACUUCUCGGUCUCCCGCGUCUCUGUCUGCGGCCGCCAGCGCGAAGGAGCAGCUUGCUGCCGCGUACGCGACGAGUCUGUCGGGCUCGGGUCUCGCGUCGCUUUCGCAUCCUCUCUACGCGCGUCUCUACCGCGCCGACGCUCUCGCGGCUGCCUCGCCCACGGCGGACGGCGCUUUUCUUCAGGAUAUUCUCGAGCUCUGUCCCCUGCAGACGCCCGCCGCGACGCUCGUGGAGACCAAGCUGUCGAACCGUGCCCUCCGCCUCGACACCCUGCGGCCGUCGUCUGCUUCUUCUGCGGCAGCCUCUUCCGCCGCGGCCUCUUCUGCGGCGGCCGCUUCUGCAGGGCCUCUUGCGCUCUCAGCACAGCAGAGAAGGAGACUGUUGAAGCUGUCGCGAACGCGCGCAAAGCGCCUCGGGCUGUUUGACGUCAAGAAGGAAAUCGACGCCAGCAGCGCGUCCGCGGCGGCCUCGCGUUUUCAGAGGCGAGGCAUGCCCCGGCGCGCGCCCGGGGGAGAGGCGCGUUUUGAUCUGCGAGCUGAAGACGUUGCGAGGGAGGAACCGAUGGGAGAGGGACAGAGAGUGGAGGGUGACGAGAGCGCAGAGGGCGAGAUGGAGCUCGAGGGCGUCGUAAUGGACGCAGUGGGCGGCUGCGACGCGGAGAUGAGCGAGCCGACUCCGCUCGAGGCUUCUUCGUCUUCCGAGGGUGUGACCUACGCGCCCUCAUCCGCGCAGCCGCUUCACCCCGAGCGGAGUCCGCUGGAAGCUCUCCUCGCGUCGUCCUUCGCCGGCCUGCGGUUUGAGCACUUCGAGGGCUUGAACGCACUCUGGCUGCAGUACCUCGCAGUCGUGUGCGGCGCCCGCGAGGCUCUCGCCCUUCCGGCGGACCCGCGUGAGGCCGCCGCCGCGCCGCUCCAUCCUCCGGGGCCUGCAGUGGCACCAUCUUCCGCGUCUGCGGCGGCGGAGGCGCCGUUUCUCUCGAAGAAGGCGCGGAGGGAGGAGCGGAAGUCGCGGGACGGGGCCUCGUGGCAGAAGGCCUUCGAUCGCUGCACGGGGCUGAGCAAAGCCGACCUGCACGGCGCCCGCGUGAAAGUGGUGCGGUCAAAGACGCCAGGCCUCGUUGGCAAAGGCGGAUUCAUCGUCGAGGAAACCCAGCAGUCGCUCCUUCUCCUCGGCGACGAUCAGGUGCUGCGGCGCGUGAUGAAGUCGCAAACUGUGCUGAGUGUGGAGAGCCUCGAAGGAAGCACCUUCUUCCUGCACACGCAGCAUCUGCAGCACAGUGGCGUCGGCCGCUCCAAGACGAAGUUAAAGCCGAAGCAGACGCUGCUGCUUCCGUAG